AAGGGUAUGGAAAAACUAUGGAUAUUCAUUAUUUUAUCAACAGCACUGCUCAAAGGUGCUGAUACUUUGCGGAGUAAAAAAUCAGUGAUCACCUCGCUACGUGCAAAAUGGCCUCAUACCUCAUUUAUUGCUGAAACCAGUGAAUUCAUUGCGCAGGAAGGAGAUGUUUUGUUCUGGAGGUAUCUCGAUGCGAUAGCUGAAAAAAUUAAUGUUGAUGAAUGGAGUACAUACAGUGAUGCCAAACAACAUGAUUUGGCGAUACGUUUAGCGGCUGGUCUACUAGAAGAGCCGCGUGUAAAUUUGCUCAAAUUUUCACUAUCUUUACGUGCUCAUUCGCCAGCUGUGCAGCUCUUUCAAGAGGUAACAACCUGA